GUCGGGGUUCAAACGUUUCCAGUGUAGGUCACUCGCUGUCCAUCUUCGUUUCACGCAUCUAUCUUUUGAGGAUGAGUUGCAUGCGUUUAGCCACUUUGGUCAUGGAUGUGGUUGGCAUUUUUUUCUUUCCAAUUAUAUUUUGAUUCUCUAAUCUAUAUGCAUGUUAUUAUAUGCUAAAUUUGGUUCAUUGUUGGUCUUUGCCGGUGAAUGUGGAUAUCAGAUUUGGCUGAUAUCCACAUUCAUGUGGAAUAAAAAUUUCCAUGCCCAAUAAUUUUGCUUUUGUCAAUAGAGCAUGUGUACCAUAAUUUUUGAAUUGUUAUGUACGUAGAUGACCUUCCUUGGAUUGUUACAAAUGGUCUGUGAUUGACUCUCUAGAGAGAGAGAAACAGAGAGAGAGAUGGAUUUUGUGUUUGGAGGUUGCGUGCAACAAAUACAACAGGCUUAUCCGUCCAGGUGCAUGGAACUAAGAUGGGUCAGCAGCAGAAGGAAAAGAAUAAUUGACAAGGAAAAGAGAGUACUGCUGCCAAAGAAACCAUUAAUACCACCGGCAUUAGUCCCAAUAUAUAUAUCCACAACCCCGUCGCACAUAAAUCCUGAGGAGCUCAAAGACCUCUAUAGUGCCUCCAAUCACUCCUGCCACCGAUUCCCCAGCUAUGUGGACUCUGAGGGCACUGUCAGAGUUGAACCGGUGGACAUUCACAAGCUCAACGUAGCUCUCUCCCACAGCUCUGUUCUCGUCUCUGUCUUCUGCAAACCAACUGAUGUUUUAUGUGCUACUGAAACGUGGUCGUCAUCGUCAUCUUCUUCUUCUUCUUCUUCUCUAGAAGACUUGAUAAAACCAAGAAAGACAUUGGGUUUGGGAGAUUUGUUCCAAAAAGUGCUGCCGGUAACACCAUCCAAUGGUCAGUUGGUGGGCUUUGGCCGUGCUGUUUCUGAUUUUGGAUUGACUGCUUCCAUUUAUGAUAUCAUGGUUAUCCCUUCAUUACGGGGAAUGGGAAUCGGCAGGAUUAUUGUUAAAAGAAUUGUAAGAUUGUUUUUCAAAGCAUGCGGAUUUGGAGAUGACAUUUUGUGCUCCACCACAAUGAUAUAUUCAAGGAAUGCUUCCACUUCUCACCAAGGCAAUCAAAUAGUUACACGUGCAGGUCGAAAGCUCUUGGUAGCUCCUCCACAUAGAGAAGCCCCUUAAUCUCUGAAGGCUAUUGAAUCAUUAAGUUGAUGUACACUGUACCCUCAGCUAAUGCAUUACAAGGCAACAAUGAUAAAGAGUUUGUCAGCUUUAUUAGACAUUCAUGUAUGAAAUUAUAGGAAUCGGGACAUGUUAGCUAACUCAGAUUUGUGGAAGUCAUUUUUGUUGCUGUCUGGGAUGACUAUGGCAUGGCUUAAGGGAUUUAAUUGAGUAGUCGGUGUUCAUUCCCCUGACUGUUUACUUGUAUCACGUAAAUUUCAAGAUGUAUCGUGGCCAUUGAAUCUCUUUUAUAUCAGUUUCAUUUAAGCUUGUAUUA